AUGAUAAAAGAAUACUAACCCAAAAUAUUUUCAAAGGAUUAAUUUAGAAUCAGAUACAAGGACUUGGAGGAAAUAUAUAAUGAAGAAAUGUCUCCAACUUAAAUUGAAUUAGGUUAUGAUGAUGAAUUGCAACAAACAGUCGUCGUUAAACACAUUUUCAAGGAGCAAUUGUUCAAUGAUAUAUAAAGAAGAUAAGCUUUGAUGGAAUGUUAAGUACAUUCUUAAAUUAAAAAUGAUCAUUUAGUGGAACUAUAUGAUUGUUUUCAAAACGAAGAAGAAUAUACACUAAUUUUAGAAUACAUGAACAAUGCUAACUAUUUUAGGGAUAAAAUUGAAACUAUAAUAUCAACUGAGGCCAAAAUGAAGUCCUACAUGUCGGAUGUAUUGGAAGGACUAGACUACCUGCAUAAGCAAGGAUAUAUUCACUGUGACAUCAAAUUAGAGAAUCUGUUCUGUGAAAAAUUGGAGGAUCAGGUGAAAUUAGGAGACUUAGGAUUGGUGCAUGUCUACGAUCUAAACACAGGACAAGGUCUGAUGCCAGUGAAGUGUGGAACAGCCAAUUACAUAGCCCCAGAAAUAACAAACAAUGCUGUUGUGACUCCUAAGAUAGAUAUCUGGUCUCUUGGAAUAAUAUUGUAUACGAUGAGUUGUGGUUAUAAACCUACUCAAAUUCAAGGGUCAUACAAGUAUUCAUAAGGUCCCAUACCCUUUAGAAAGUUUGAUUGGAAAAAGAGAUCAAAAGAACUAUAAAACCUAAUAACUUAAAUGCUUGAGAUGGAUCCAAAUAAAAGACCAUCCUGCCAAGAAUUAAUGCAGCAUUCUUGGUUUGAAAUUGAUUCUUGA